UUUAUAUUUUUUUUGUUUGUUUUUUUGUUUUUUGUUUUUUGUUUUUCGAGACAGGGUUUCUCUGUAGCUUUGCGCCUUUCCUGGAACUCGCUUUGGAGACCAGGCUGGCCUCGAACUCACAGAGAUCCGCCUGGCUCUGCCUCCCGAGUGCUGGGAUUAAAGGCGUGCGCCACCACCGCCCGGCUUCUUUAUAAUUUUUUAAGCAAAAUCUCAAGCCUAGUUAGAAAACCCAAACUUUUCCAUUUAAACAGUUCUAUUUGUAACACAAAACCAGUUCUGUACGUAAUUCCAUUUUUACAUGAACAGUUCCACAAAACGAUUGCAUUUUUAACACAGAAUACAUGAAUCACCAGCAUAUAUGCAUACACAAAACUGCAUCUUGAGUCAAGGUAGAAACAAUAAGUUUCUUCAUUUAAACAGUUCCAUUUUUAACCCAAUUCCAGAAAACAGUUCCUAGGUCAUUACUAUAAGUAAACUCAAAAUUGUCCCAUUGCAAUGAAAUCUCUAUUGUUCAUUUCAUUUCUUAAGUCCCAAAAUUCAAAUGAUAAAUUCUGGUACUAGACUUCCAAAUAUGAAGAAAUCCAUAACCAAAAUCUUUUUGUAGUUUUAUCUCAUUUUAAGUUCAAAAAGUUCAAACAAGAAAUAAAUUCUGGUAUCAGGCUUUCACUUCCAAAUAUGAAGAGACGUUUUACAACCAAAACUUUUUGCAGUUAACAAUUUUAGUUCAAACAAGCAUCUCUGCAACUUUUGUUCUCACAGACAGAGACCGUUUUAGGUACAGUAGUAUAAACCGUACCGUUUUUGAUGUUAGCUCAGGUUUUUCUGUGUUGCGUUGAUUUUUCCAUGGAUCUCAGCUGCAGAUGCCUUGUUGUGCUGGUUCUGGCGUCCGCCAUUCUUAGCUUCUUCGUGGCUUUUGGAGCUUUUGAAACCAUUCAGACUGCCUACUUUGCAGUCUACUGCGACACUAACCUUCUGUGUCUUGGGUUCUUUCACCAUAUACAUUAAGAAUAGAUCCACAUUUAACAUUUACACUUUUUUUUUCCAAAUUCACAUAUAACAUUAACAUCUACUUAUUUAUACUCUUUAAGGGAACUAUAGAACUACUUUAGCAAAUAUAUUUCUUAUUGUUUCUUAUAUACUUAUAUUCAUUCCAUCUUAUUUCUUAUUUAAACUUACAUUUACAACUAACAUUCUUUACGUCUUACAAGCUUAUUACUACAUGUCUUAAGACUACAUUAGAUACUUCUUGCAAGCUUAUAUUCUUAAAGGAACUCUAUAGAUCUAUUUUUAGCAUAUAUUUAACUUAGCAGACACCUAAAGAUUUUUUAACACAGAGAUCUAACAAGAGAAUUUUUACAAACUCACAUAUCUUAUUUUCAUCUUUUUCUAUUUCUUACUCUUAAUUAUUAUCACUAUCUCUAUUAGAAAGAUUCUCUUAACUAGACAGGAAGUACGUAUAUCAUUUCUAAAGUUUAGAGUUUAUAGUCAGCUUUGCUAUACAAUACUGGGAUUUAGUGAGUGUUGUUGUUGUUAUAGAAUUGUGAUAGUUGUUGCUAGGGGACUGUAACCUUCCCAGGAUGAUGCCACACUCCAAAGUUGCCGAGUUCUCUCAGCCGUUCUGGACCGGCAGAGAUGCACUGUCAGCGGUAGAUGGUUUUUAACUAGAGGCUGUUCCUUCACCCAAAUUCAUAGUAGUUCCCCUAAGUGCUUCAAUUCAGACAAAUGUUUCUAUUACAGCAGUACUUUUGGUUUGUUCUACCGAAAAACUUCACUUCACGCUGAGGGUGAAAUUACCAUAUUUAGCUUCUGUAAAGCUCUUCGCCAAAUACUGCACAGCUAUUAGGUGAUAUAAAGUAUUUUUCUAAAGGAGCUGGUAAAGCCAAAAGCGGCACAGCUCCGAACUCUAUUUCCUCACUGUUUGCGUUAACCAGUGACAAAACCUCAGAAACACAAAUCGAGCCACUUUCAUUCUGGUUCCUUUAUAGGAACCUCAUUGGAGCUGACCUUCCUUAGUUCCACGCUCCUUACCAGACGCUCCAGUAAUCACCGAGCUUCAUUCUCCUCUUGUGAAAAAACACAAACAUGUUCUCGACCCCAUAUUAAGACAGGAUCAGGACCCUUCCAUAAUCCCCCGAGCAGGGAUCUUUCCAUUUCACUUGAGUUUCAGGAUUUAGUAUUUUUACUUCAUUAGCUUUAACUCCUGAUGUUAUUAGCAGCUGUAAUAUUUAGCAUUGAUUUUUUUAUAAGGAACUUUCAGGUGAAGCAACUCUUUUGUAAGACAGCUAGAUUUUCUGAAGUUUGUUCCCAUCUAUAAAGCAGUCAUUUCUUUUUGAAUGCCUGUUUCCUUGUCUCCUUAUUAGAUUUGCAAAGGAAUUACUCAUCGCAGGCAGUUUGUUCAAAAGGCAAAGAACUUUUUUUAAUUUCAACAUAAGUUUCUUCAUAUCUAAGACAACGUUCGGUGUAUAAAAUGCUUUCCCUUGUUUUAAGGAUUUUAAAGUGACUUGUUUGCUCUUAUAGGUAGCUUUUUGUCAUCCAACUACCGUAAAAACUUUGCACAGCUAUUAGGGUAAAUAAGGCAUUUUACCAUGGGCGCCCUAAACCUCGAAUCCGUAUCCUUUCAAUUUUUCAUUGGAACUGACACUUAAACUCUUAGAUGAUUUUCCUCCUUAAUCUUUUAAAAGCUGUAUUUUAAGUUUACCAUGAACGUAUUAUCGAGCUGACAAAUUGUCAAUCUUUAGCGGAAAAACUACCUUUUCCAGAAUGCAUCUCCCUUAUAUCAGUCCAUAAUAAUAUCAGUCCCUUAUAUCAGUCCCUUAUAUCAUUUCCCUUAUAUCAGUCAUUUCCCAUAGUUCUUUUUGGGUCUGAGAGUCAACUGGUUCUCUUUUACCAGACUUGCUUACAAAUUCUUGCCCGAGAUGUUUGAACAAAGUUUUUUUGCUUUUGCAAUGGGAGAUUUGAACAAGCAUUUUACAUUUUCAGCUAUGGCACAUUGGGAGGUUUCUGGUCUCUCCUCAGCUGGCUUUAACAGGUGUCUCUCUUUCAUUUGACUCUGGCCUCUGUAUCAGAUCUGUACCUGCCUCGUUAGCUGGCAUUGAGGCUGGCAUUUCUGAUAGCAACUUUCCUCGGGGCUUGUGUUUGUCUUAGCCAGUCAGUGAAAAACAAGAUCAUGUACAACAGCUUUUCCAUAGCUCUUUCAGAGAUUUUCUCCCACUGACUUUAUUCUCAUUUUGCUUAUUCCUUACCCCGCAGAUGCAGAGCUUCAGGUAUCUGUCUGCAGCUCUGUACCUCUGCUAGCUGCCUUUGGAGGUAGGGGCUUUUUUCUCUCCCCGAAUCUGCCUCAAACUCUCAGCAGCUUUUACAGGUCAUAUUUUUCUGGGGAGGAAUCUGUCCCUUCUGUUUCUUCAGAGUCUCUUUCCCAGACAGUUCCCAGUUUGGUCUCAAUUUAUCUCCUCUACCCCAGAAACAGUUUCCGACACUACAGUGGCGGCUUUCCCUGCUACUGAAGGUAGGGGUUUUUUGUACGUUUCUGUUUUCAGGGUCUGUGUGGUUUGCGUACAGACUGAAAAUCUAACAAGGGAGGUUUUUGCCAUUUCUAAAUUCCCAUUAGGACAGGUGUUUUGCCUCAUCAGGCCUUCACCUGGCCCAGUCCCCCAGUGGGUUGCAUUUGCUUGUCUGGGUGCUCAAGGACAGAGUUUAUGCCAGAGGCAAUCACCCCUUAGGGCUACACUCCCUCAUCUCACCGGGAGUCAGUUGAAACAAAGCUUUUCUCAAUGAGGUGCUUUCUGACAGAAAAGAAAGCUUUACUCCUAGAUAGUUCUGUUCUGCCCUGGCUGGGCUCUUUCCCCUAGACAGCGUUCUGACUCAGCAGCACAACUGCUUCAGACACAGUUCAGCUUUACUGUUUUCCCAGAAAGGUCCUUACUCUGAUAGGAAAGCUUUUCUCAGAUUUCUUUUUGCAGCUGUGGACCUAUCAACCCGGGACUUGUAGGAAAGUGGACAACUGCGCCGUUCCCACUGGUUUUAGUUUUGGUUGUUCAUUAGCCAUCUUCCCCUGGGUCCUGCACCUUCCUGCCUCAGCUCUGUGCUCCAGGAAGUUUACAACUGCAGGAACCCUAGUAUCCCCGAAAUGCACUCCAACUCAGAGAAGCUGGCCAGUGGCUUCUGGGUUUUUGGUCAGAAGUGAGGAUACAAUGCUAAAGAUACAGUUUGCAUUGCUUCAGGGGAUCUUUGCAUUAGGAGAAUUAGGAGCACCUUUUCAUUCUGAAACGCUCACUCAGAAAAAAAAACCCUUGAUGCCUCAGCUGGGCUGUAACUGAAAAGCUUGGCUUUUUUGCUUUUCUCAGAUAAAGUUUCCUGCCCUUUUGGGCUCUCUGUAGCUCUUCACCCACUCUCCCAAGUGUUUCCCUCAGGGUACUCUGACCCACUGUCUUUUACUAGCUUGAAGAGACAGAGCUAAAAGAGGUUUUUAGGAACUUGUCCCUGCCUCCUACAUUGCAGGGAGAAUUUUUAAAGCUUGAAAGAGAACUUGAAGAGGUUUCGCUGUCUUAAGAGGUUUGUUGUUUUCCCUUUGAGCUAAUCACAGGUGGUCCCCAUACUAAUAUCUUCAGGUGAUUCUAAUUUGUCCUUCUGAGAAAGUUAAAGGCUUUAGUUUUUAAGUUUAAGAGAGCUUUUGAGAAAGAUUAAGGCUUUUUAGAUUUUUUUCCCCAGGAGAAAGAAAGACCAACUUUUCCCAAAACUUCCCAACUUUAAACUUUGACUUCUUACACCCCCAUUUUUGCCUAAGGGAGAAAACACUUUCUCCUGCUGCUUAGACUUAGCGUUUCAGCUGUCCCCAGGUCAAAAGCUUCCAUAGGAAACUUUUUCUUCCCCAUAACCUCAGAAGAGCUUUUUUACUACCCGUAAAGCCCAAAGAAAGAUCCCCCCCCAGUUUGCAUUCAAAGCCCCAAAGUUAGAAAAUUGAAGUUUUUCUGUCUAGUUGUCUUACUUAUUUUUUUCUACACGAUCUUACACUACUAAGUUUUUCCUACACUAUAUUACUACCCUAUACCUUAUACUUAUUUUUCACAGAUAGAAAUUGAGAAAGGGAUAGAAGAUAGAAAAUUUUGACAAGAGAAUUGCGCUGCAGCAUCGGACAUCCUUCCAGUCCGCUUUCCUUUUCUCUCGAGGAUAAAACCCCUGCCUCUCAAUAAUAUAUAUAAAAAAAUAUGUAUUUUCCAUAACACCAGCAUGCCUUUCCACUGGCAGGGCUGACUCACACUUUUGCCAAAAACUCUAAUAAAACUAUUAUUUUCCUUUAUCUUUAGUCCCUAUUAUUUUGUCUUUAGUCCCUGUUUAUGGCGCCCUUUUUUUUCUUUAGUCCCCUUUUUUUUCUUUUUUCUUUAGUCCCUGUUUAUGGCGCCAUUCUGUGGGGCGUUUACCCACCAACCCCACAGCUCCCCAGAGUUUUCUUGAGUGUGAGAAGCAGGAAAUAUUAGAUAGGAUUUAUUGCGGAGAUAAAUAGAAAAUAAAGGAUAGCCCCGAGAGGGCCUGGAACCUUUUCCAAGGGCCCGACUGUCUCUGCCCCAGGGUUUUUAUAGAGACGCCAAGGGGUGGAGCAAAAGACCUCCUCCCCUCCCCCCAGCACAACCAAGUGCAGACCAUCCCAGACACCUGCACUCAGGCCCGUGGUCCUAAUCAUCCUCUAUGCGGACCUGCUGGGUAAAGGCACGAGGAACCCGAGAACGGGCUCCCAAAGUACAUAUAGCAUUGUUUUCUUAAGCAGUCUCAUUCUUAAUAAGUUUCUCUAUAAAACUCAGUAAAUUUUCAUUUGUUUAUAUUUCAGAUGACUUUUUUAUUCUUUUAGGAGUUUGAGCUUCUGAAGUCCUCUCUGGAAGAAGAAAGUGCACUCCGGUGUUAGUGCAGCCACGAUGUCGGGUGUGCAGUCGAAAGCAGUCACGCUUCCAAAGGAGCCCAAGGAAAAGCCGGUAGCAGACGCGGACAGGGACGUGGACAGGGACGUGGACAGGGACGUGGCCGCAUCCGUGGAUUUAAAGUACGACGUAUCGGCAGCCAUGAUGAAGAAGUUUAAUGCUUUAAUGGAAAUGCAAGACAUGAUGUUUGUAGAGAUGAGAGAAAGCCUAAAAAAUGAUCUAAAGGAAAUGCUGGUUAAACGUACACCACCUGAGGUGAAGAGUCCGGAGGACCGGGGAGAGCAGCGAGAAGGAAGAGAUUCAGCCUCAGAACGGCCAAAGCCAGGAGAGAAAGUGGAGGAGGAAAGUUUUGGAACAGAUGAGGACCCUGGAAACCUCACCGUGAAAAGCGAGGAAAAGAGCAAGCUGAGUAGGGAGCAGGACAAAAAGCAGCCCCACAGCAUCCCCGCCGUGAAGCCAUCACUAGAGAGGAUGGGAGAAGCCCUGCAUCCUGCAGAUGACUGGUGUGGCGAGAGCGGUGGCCAUGUAGGCGUUCUAGGCGAGGACUCGAAGAAUGGGGAGGACAAGCCAGCCAAAGAAACAAGCUAUCAUCAGAAUAAAGAGAACCCCCUAGAUGCCCCCGGAGACGGCAGCGCGCCGGAAGCGGGAGCCACCCUCAGGCUGGCUGCUGACUUCUCAGCAGCCACGCUGGAGAUCGGGAAGCGGUGGGGCCGCAUCUUCCGCCUUCUGAGGGAGGAGGGGCUGGAGCCUGAGCUGCGGUGCUCCGUUAAGUUAGCGUUUAAAUGUGAGGGUGAAGCAAAGACUUUCUCCGACCUUGACAGCCUCCGCCAGUUUACCAGCAGAAAGCCUUUUCUGAAAGAAUUACUGAAAGAUGUACUCCCGCCAAACGAAGCAAGAAACGGAGGACGCAGAAAUGAGCUUCAAGAAAGAUGGGGUAAAACUCUAGGAGACACAAAGCACGAAGCUGGAAGAAUAGCAAGUGAUAGCUUGAGCUUCCUGUUCAUCAACGAGGUAGAGGUUGCUAGUCCAAGCAUGAAGACUGAUGAAGAAGAAACAUUGGAAGCGAAGAAUAAAGAAACUCUCAAGUUGGAGAGGCAGGAGGCCUCAAGGCUAAAGGAGGAGGAAGAAAUCAUGGACGUGGAAAAAAUUGCUGAGGGAGAAGCCUCUGAGAUGGGGGAGGAAGAGGGCUCAGAGUUGGAGGAAGAAGAGGACUCAGAGUUGGAGGAACAGACCUCGGGGGAGGAGGAAGAGGGAGAGGAGCACUCAGAUCUAUCGAAGGAGGAAGAGGCCUCUGUCCUUCAUGAAACAGGAGGCUCAACCUUCGAAGGCCUUACUGUGGUCGGAGAGCAUGGAGUUGAGAAAAUCACCAGGAUGGGUGAGGAGAUUGGUUUAAUUAGUUUGAUAGCAGAUUCUGAAUCAGAAGAAGGAGGAAAUGUAAAGACGACUAAGAAAAAGGAGACCUUCCAUGGACUUAGAGAACUUGCCUUUAGCUACUUGGUUUGGGACUCUAAAGAAAAUAAACUGGUCAAGUGCCAGCAGGGAGGAGCCGCCGCCAUGACCAGUCAGGGGAUCAGGAUGCCCUGCCUAACCUUGUACUUGGCUUCUCCAUCAGAAUCCCUAGAGGCAGGCAGUGAUGGUCCUAAAAGCCAUUCACGUACAAACCUGAGUGUCCCGUCACAAGUCACUCCACUUUUAAUGAACAGGGAGAAAGGGAGAUACAAGACCCCGCAAAGAAAAGAGCUCACAGCCAAGGAAGCGGGCUUGAUUCGUGAAACCGAGGAGAACUUCAGAAGAAGCGUGAUCAGUAUUAUCAGGCAGAUGCAAAGGGAGGUGGAAAACAUCAAGAAACUUUACUUUUUCGAUGUCUUAAAUAUGAAGAGCUCCAUGGAUGAUCUGAAUUCCUUAGCGUGCAUGAUUGAAGCAAGAGUGAAUGAUCAGGAAGAUGCAGUGGAGGGGCUGACUAAGGAGACAAUGGAGUUGGCCAAGGAGAUCGUGGAUAAAGAAAGGCUGAGAGAGAGAGAGGAUAGGCUGCGGAGCUCCAACAUCCGAGUGAUAGGAAUCCCAGAGAAAGAAAACCGCGAGAAUGGCGCAGAGGACAUAAUUAAGGAAAUAAUAGAAGAAAACUUUGCCGAGCUAGAAGACCAGGGUCUCGAGAUUGUCUGCGCUCAUCGAAUCCCUAGUGCGGUGGAUGAGCACAGACUCACACCUAGACACAUCUUGGUGAAGUUUUGGAGUUCUGGUGAUAAACAGAAAAUCCUAAAAGCUUCUAAAGCAAAAAAAGAAAUAACCUACAGAGGGUCAAAAAUCAGACUGACAGCCGACUUAUCACCCGGCACGAUAGAUGCGAGAAGUCAGUGGUCCGGGAUCGUUAAAAUCCUGCAAGAAGGCGGCUUUCAACCGAGAAUCCUUUAUCCUGCCAAGCUGGCAUUUGAUUUUAAGGGUAAAACCAAGGUAUUUUUUGAUAUUGAAGAAUUUAAGAAGUUUAUUUCUGAUAUCCCCUUUCUGAAAGAGCUGUUGAACAAUAUAGUUUAGCAAUCUGGAGUACUUUCUGUCCACCAGAAUACAUCCAAAAACCAAGUAAAGUUGGGCACUGGACCAUCACAUCUCUUCCAGAAGGACAGACAGCCGGCUUUUUUUUUUUUCUUUCAGGGACAGGAGAAAGCAAUUCACUAUCUGAAUGUUAGUUGAGUUAACGUAUGUAGCAUUUUAAAAUGGCUAUCUACCCUGGGGAGGAGGCAUCUUCUGAGUGUAAGCACACAUGGGGAAAAGUACUGGGGGGGCCACGGUGGGAUGGGAAAUGACAGAUAAAUUAGACUAGAGUAGCUCUGCAGGCUGACUGAGUCAACACAUUACAUUACUUUACCAUUUGCCAUGAUGUGGACUUUCAUAUUAAAAUUUGAAGUUUGACUGUGUCGUUUGCUUAUGUGAUAUUCCUACUCACAUUUUCAAAAGUACCUUGCCAUUACUGUAUAUUGUUUAAGAAUUUCUACACUUCAUUGCUUCAACCCAUCCAUUGGUAGAGUCUUUCCCUUAAUGUGUGACAGUGUGUGUGUAGAUAUAGUCCUUCAUUUGAAAUUAAUCCAAAGUCUUCAGUGGGGAGGCACUAAAAUCAGGGAGAGUGAAACAGAAGGCUUUGUUUUGUUUUACAAUGAGCUCCAGUGGUCCCAGUUGCCUUCGAAUCCUGUGUAGCUAGGACUACCCUGCUUCAGCCUGCCGAAUGUUAGAAUUACAGACUUUUUUUUUUUUUUGGUGGGGUGUCAUGGGCUGGAUUUCUAUGCAGUAAAAACUGUGUCUAAUCCUGGGCCAAGUUAAGACAACUGAUCGCGUCCUACCACAUCUGUGAGGUUGGGAAGUCAAUGGUGCCGUUAUUGUCACUCGGGGGAUGGGACCAAGGGCCACCAGCUCUCUUACUUUGCCUCCGCUCAGACCUGAUGUAAAUGUCAGGUGUAAGAUGGACACAACCAUCCUUGCUGCUGUGUCGUCUCGUCUCUCUCUUUAAAAUGUCUUUUGUUUUACAUGUGUGGAUGUUUAGUCUGCAUGUGUGUUUGGGCACCAUGUGCAUGCCUGGUGCCCUUGGAUGCCCUGGGAUUGGGGUUACAAAAGAUUGCAAGCCACUGGUUAGGUGCCGGGACUUGAACCUAGGUCCUCUGGAAGAGCAGGCAGUACUUGUAACCACUGAGCCGUCUCUCCAGGCCUGUGUUGUCUCUUUUGCCAGGAAAUUAUACAUAACAAAUUACCUCAAACUUGAUAAGUAACAGAUUUAGGGACUGGAGAGGAUGGCCUAGUGGUUAAGAGCACUGGAUGCUCUUCCAGAGGACCACUUACAUGGCUGUUCACAACCAUCUGUUAACUCCAGUUCCAGGAGAUCCAGUGCUCUUCCAGGGGUACCGGGCACAAGUAUGGUGCAUAGAUGAUAAAUGCAGGCAAAGCACCCAUACAUGUAAUAAUCUUAAAAACAAGCUUGAGCCCAGGGAUCAGAAACCAGCCUGGGUGCCACAGGGAGACUGUCUUACACAUUAACAGUAGCAGGGCCUUCCAGCUAUAAAACUGGGCUAAGUGCAUAGGCCUGUGGUCCCCAACCUUAUGUCCAAAGCCAGUCUGGGCUACAGGUGACACCCCAUCUCCCACAACAGUGAAAAGAAACAAGACGUGCUCCAAUGUGAGUCUUUGUUUUGUCCAUGAAUUGAAAAGCAAUUUUAUGCUGGGUUUAAAAGGUAUUUAGUUGUAUCAUCUUGGUGAGAGUUCUACCAGUGUUGGUUCCACCCUGGGCUCCAGGUUUAGAAUUGGUGGUAGAGCACCUACUUAUAUAAUGGAUACCUGGGGACAAUCCCAGCACCAGGAAAAUAGGUGCUCACGAGGAGUUCAUUCUUGAACCGUCAAUAUGAUCUGAACGUGAAAACAGGGGAAACGCCUUGAUCUCCACAGCCUACCGCAAUGUCAUCCCUGGCGAGUUCGGAGUUGCUUCUGGCCACCUUGGGUUUGCCAGCCACCCUUCCCGUCCUUAGGGCCUUAGUUGUCCACAGAAGCCUAUGCAGUGGAAUCGAAGUUACUUGGCUGUUCUCCCCUCCCCUGAAAUCUUGCUGUUUCAGUGAAACUGUAGUCUUUAAAAGCUCUUGCCUCUGUAGAUGAAGAAAGGACUUUCCUAAACCAAAUCCUAGAAGAGUGGACUCGUUAUCUGGUUGCCUUGCUGGCCCAGGAUAGGCUAUUUGGAACUGGCAGUCACAAAAGUGUGGGCAAUAUUCUGAGCUUAGUUUCUGGUUGAAAUUCACUGACUCCAGGAAACCCUCUCUGGGGACCAGUCACAUGUGCAUUUGAGCCUCCAGAGAGAGACACCUUUCACCCUUGGGGUUUGGAAAAUGUGGUCUUCCAGACCAGAGCUAAUGCAAAGCCAAAGUCAGAGACUAAAGACCUGCAGACUCCAGUGUAGGAAGUAAGGUUGAGCAGACAUGGUCCCCAGGUCCUUGGCGAUGACCACAUGAGUCUCACCAUGGAGAUGUGCUGGGGGCCACAGGAGUGGUAUUGGGGACUCCUGUUAGUUUGACCAUUUGAGAUACUCAGCAAACAACCUUCAGGGUCUUACAUGGAUAGAUAGAAACAUUUCACUCUGAAUUCUUAAUGGGGUGCUUUCUUUUAAAGGCCAUUAGUUGGAAGACAAGGCCAUAUUUUUUUUCUUUUGGUCUUUUUUGUUUUUAAAUCUGCAGUGAUCCUCGUCAAACCAGCUUUACCAGUGAGAUGCAUCUCUAGUCCCAAAGGCCAAAUGUUUAGCUCAAAAGGAAGGCGGAAUUCCAGAUACGAGAAAGAUUUUUAAAUUUUCAGUUUUUAGGGUUUUGUUUGUAUGAAUACUUUUAUUAUCAACUUGCCACUGAUAGAAGUGAAAACCCAACAGGUCCCUUACAAGCAAGUUGAAAAGCAUUAACAAAACAGCUAACUAGGGCAAAGCAGUACCUGACACUGCCUCAGAGGUGGGGGUAGGGCACGCCCCCACCCACCCCCACCUCUGCAAAAAAAAAAAAAACUCCACACGGGUUGGGAAGAAAAGACUCCAAAUCCCAGGCCAGAAACAAAACGACAAAACAAAAACCCAAAAUGGAUGUGGAGGCAGAGGGAUUAGGUCUUCCCUCUCAAGUGCUAUGAGUUGAAGGCAGCCUGGGGCACGUGAGCCCCCGCAGGAAAGAAAACAAAGCUGCAACCAAGCACUUGCGGAUGUCGCCCUUUGGGGUCUCCAGGAACCUCCCUAUAGUUAGGAACCCUGUGACAUGCCAUCUCUGCUUUGGUACCCAUUUGUGGAGGUACGUAGUGUGAGCCUCCUCAAGGCUUUCAGAGCUUCAGGGAGUGGGGGCGGCGGUGGGGAAUUCCUUCGGCGGUGCCAGGUUCUCCAACCUUUCCAACCUUGCAGUGACGGUAAGCACCAUGCAUUGGUAGCACCGGAGGCUGGCAGGCCGAGAAAGGGGCUUUGCGGGCGAAGUUGGAUGUGCGCUGGCCGGUUCGCUGCUGCGUUUGCUUCUGCUUGUCCCUGCACCCGAGGAACCAAGUCUCAACUUCCUCUUUUCUUGUGGAGUCUGGCAGCCAGGACCUUGCAUGCCUCCUGGUUAGGAUUGGGGUACAUUGUAAGUGUUUCUGCAGAGCCUAGUGCCCCUAGGUGUGCAGGUGGAGGAGUCGCUCCCAUCCUGACUGCAGCUCGGUUCACGUGUUUUUGAGGCUGGCCUGGAACUCAAUGAAAUCUGCCUGGCUGUCUCUUGAGUACUGGGAUCAAAGGUGUGCACUACUGUGCUGGGCCUAAUAUGUUCAAUUAAAAGAUGGUUUUUCUGUGGUGAUAUAUUGUGUACCCUAAUAAACUUAUCUGGGGAUCAGAGGACAGAGCCAGCCACCAAAUUAGACAUAGAGGUCAGGCAGUGGUGGCACACACCUUUAAUCCCAACACUUGAGAUCUCAUGUCUUUGCUUGGGAAGGACACACGCCUUUAAUCCCAGGAAGUAAUAUGGCAGGACACAGAAAGGUAUAUAAGGCGCGAGGAAACAGGAACUUCAGGUCUUUUUAGACUGAGGAUUUAGUAGAGGUAAGCUACUGGCUAAAGCUGUUCAACUGAGACCCUCAGGGGUGAGAACUCAGAGGCUUUCAGUCAGAGGAUUUGUGGGGUUGGCGAGGUGAAGUUGGCUGAGGCUUGCUCAGCUUCUCUGAUCUUUCAGCCUUCACCCCAGUA